GGAACAUGUUCGAGUGUUGCGCAAGCUCGGGCAUACUUGUGUCAUUGAUCUCAUUGGCAAGAGACGGUGUGUAGAAACAAAAAGUACGAUCAAAACAUUUAUGACUGUUUCUAGAAACGCAGAGGACAGUGACAAUACCCUAGGGUAGCUUGGCAGUGAGUCGCGGGCUGGCUCCAAAUAGUCUAGAAUGGCUAGCUGUCCAUGGGAUGCACCCAUCCUUCAUCACACCCUUGUAAACUGUGCUGUUCGACACUUGGACGUGUUUCAUGUCCGUUAGAACUAAGUCCUUGUGACGUGUUGCCGAACAGUGCUUCUCGUGUGUUUAAUGUGCUGUGAUGACCAUACCUGGAACUUGCCAGCAGCUUCAUGUCUGCUCACUGCGGUGUGACGACAACUGGGUAGUUGCCCAGCAGAUGGAGGUGGUUUAUAAGAAGGGAUAAAAGUUCUCACAUAACCAUGGAGGAAAGCGCCCUCUGCCUGCAAGCGAACGCCCGCUUUUCACCUCGCAGCUUCUGCUGCUGGCGUCGCGCGGCAAGUGAGGGGGCUUGCGCCGUGUCCACUCGUGCGACUGACGUGCCGCAGCCCCUGGCAGUCGGUGGUAAAUGCCAGCAGAACGUCAGCAGAACGCCAGCAGACUGCCAUACCUGCCUGCCGUGCCUGCCCAGCCUUUCUUCUCUCUCUCUCACCUGCUGCACCGCGCGCCUACCGGGAGGAUCCGGAGCCUGCUCGCCUCGCCACCUGUGCUGAGAUGUGCUAGCACCCAGGGAGGGGCAGCGCCACGCUUCAACGACUCUCAGCAAACUUGCAGAUGGCGACGGAUACUGCGUGUCACGAGAUCUUCGCCUCCGUCAGUUAUCAUCCAGAGAUGGUGGGACUUCUGAGACCACAACUGACAUCACCACAUCGAGCAACGACACCAGCAUCGUGGUCUACAACGACUCUGAGAGCGUGUGGGCGAACUGGAGCGUCUGAACGACGAGCGCGCUGUGUACUUCAUCCCCGCCGUGCUGUGGGUGCUGACUCUGAUGGUGGUGGGCGUCCUGGGCAACACGCUGGUCAUCUACGUGUAUCGUCGUCGCUUCAAGCGCACGUCGUCUAACUACUUCAUCUUGACCAUGGCCAUCUUCGACCUGGUGGCGUGCGGCGUGGGCAUGCCCACCGAGAUCUACGACCUGCUCAAGCCCUUCACCUUCUACAGCGAUGUCGGGUGUAAGAUCUUCCGCUCCACCGAGAUAUUUACCAUCUACGGCUCCGUCGUUGUGCUCGUCGAGAUCGCCUUCGACCGUUACUUCAAGAUCUGCCGCCCGCUCAUGGUCGUCAGCCUCUUCAAGAUAAAGGCGUUGUGUAUGGUGGCGGCGGUGCUGGCCCUGCUCUUCUCCACGCCCUCCUUCUUGCUGAACGGCAUCAAGCGCACCCAGACACCCAUCCGGGGCGUUUGCGGCUUCGACUGCUCCAUCGCGCAUGCGUACAAGAACACGGCCUUCCAGAUGGCCUACUACGUCUUUCUCGCCGUCGUCUUCAUCCUCACUCUCAUCAUCCUGACACUGCUGUACGUGCGCAUCUGGUUGGAGCUCCGCCAGCGACGGCGCAUGGUCAUCGGCGACCAGCUGACCAAACCACGUGACGACGAGUUGGCGGAGGUCAAGAGGUUCCGUGUCAGGUACGCUUCUAGCAUGAGCGACGAAGAGUCUGGCGGGUCGAGGGCCAACUCGGCCACCAACCUGACCCUCAACUGCAUCAACACCGGCGCCAACAACUCCUCCCUCACGGCCACCAUGUCGUCGUCGACGUCGAAGCGGUCGCGCUUCAGCAGUCUGGCCAGCUACGCGUCACGCCUGCACGCCAGCCGCACCACCGUCGUGCUCUUCGCCGUCACCGUCGCCUUCGUCCUCAGCUUCCUGCCCGCCCUCGGCGUCAUGGUCGUCCGCACCGUCGUCAAGGACUUCGACGAGAAGCAGAGCAUGGGCAGCCUGGUGGCCACCAAGAUCUUCUCCAAGUUCAACUUCAUCAACAACGCCAUCAACCCCAUCAUCUACAGCUUCCUCAACAUCAACUUCCGGCGCCAGGCGCGCAAGGCCGUGGAGAAAGUGUUCUGCUGCGACCGACGUCACAGACACCCGCCACAGAAGGCCGACUCGGACCGUAGCACCAAGAAGGAGUAUAUACACGCCUGAACAUUAGGACGGCGAUACCCUCGUGUAUCGCGAUCUGCACAGACCUUCCUACCCUCAUGACACCUGGCAUCACCUCGGCAUGACACAGUCUCACCUGUUCAACAACUUGCAGUCUGGCAACAAAAUAACUGGGGUGUUGGAACUCUCCUCGACAUGGGUGGGCCAAUGAGAGGCAGAGGACCUCUCCCGUGUCUGUGACAGAAGUUUGGACAAGAGUGUGACAACAGUCACUGAACUUAAGGACUAGAUGGAUUUCGUGCAUGAAUUAUAGUCGAAAGAGUGGUGAAUGGAGGUCAAUCUCAACCUCUCGUCGCCACCUAGGGUUGUCUUCAUGAGACGAUGGACCUAUAGCCUAUAGCUACAGUACUCACCCGCUGAACAAACAAACAAACAAAAAGUCUACACGGGUAUUUGUAAACUGCUUCUGUCUUCAAGUGUACAUCGUGCGACUAAUUCAUUUUGCCCCGUGGCUUGCACUGCUGUACAAAUACCUCAACCAUGGUCAGCACUGUUGUACAGAUACCUCGACAUGGUCAGCACUGUUGUGAAAACACCACAUGGCGGAGGUGACCUGCUAAAUACAUGCAUGACCCCACAGGACCCACGUGACAUACAUUUACACUGGUCUGGAAUCUCUUCAAACAUUUCUUGAAUCAUGUGUUUAACAAUAUACUUUGUAACUGUUCUUUGAAAACUUUGUUUUCAUUGUAUAAGUAGACUACCACGUGUUGACCUUUAAUUAAUCAUCGUAAUUUGUUGAUAUUCAAACUACUCACAUUAGCCUUAACAUUUUACACAUCAUUUUUCGAAGUUAUCAUUAGAAUGUUGUAUAUGUUUGAUUCGAUUAUUUUAUCGCAUAUACGUAAAUUAUUAGAAACCAUCGUGGAAUUACUUAAGAAUACUCUACGAAAUGCAGCAGGUCACAUGUAAUCAAGGAGGUAAUUAAAUCCAGCAGCAUGAUAUUAUUUUUAACAUAGACAAUAUUAUCAGAGUCAAUGUUAUUCACAUCCUCGUCCUAAUGGUAUGUGAAGCAUGCUUGUCAUCAGACAGAAAUAACGUUUACCGUUAUUUUCCGAUGUUUCCCCGGGUCUUUGACCCCUGUACCAGUGGAUUAAAUAAGGGUGGAUGUGCCACCGCGAUCGUUAUCCGAAGUGUGCAGUGUUUUGUUUGCCAUAACACAAGAACCAAACAGUUCGCGGGACAUUGGUUUGCACAAGUGACCGGAAUAAAACCUCCGAGUCGUGAACACUACACCACACUGAAAACAUCACGUGACACACCCCAAGUUGUUUCACAAUCACGAGUGGGCCACUAGACGUCUUCAGCGAUGGGUGGUUGGGGUACGAUGGCAACGGAUAGAGGUUGGUAAGUUUUCAAGCGCCGUAACUGGCCUUCGGAGUCCACAUUCUCGGUAUAAAGUGUCUGAGGUUGAUAAUAAAAAACUCAAUCUUCCUUGUGCCACAAUCUUUUGUAGAAGCUGUCGUCACUGGCCAAGAUGUAGGUCACGCUUGAUGUGACCUUUUUACAGAGACAGCUGUCAAAGUCUGGCAACACUUGACCUUUCUCUUGUCCACGUCACGUGCUUGACAAGCCUGUGGUUGCAGAGAGUGAUACCCGUGACGGUCACGUGUUCACCUGCGCUGACUGGACACGGGGAUCAGCAGGACGAAAGACGUUGGUGUCGCGUUUUCUUCGUGGGCGUCUGCUGACCGCUCGUUGAGCCUUCAGACUGACUGGGACAUUUCAAUGAGCCUCCAGACUGACUGGAACAUUGCAAGAUCCUGACUGAGCCUUCAGCUUGCUGGACAUCUCCAAGUGGACAUUACUAAAAGGUCCUCAUCAUCAGUCCCUUUACUGGCAUCAGCCGGACGCUGGUACCUUUCGCUGGACAUUGAAGUCGGUCUGUGCUGUGUUUACCAGGUCUCUCAUUGGGAGGGGGGGAUUUUUUCACAGUCACCAGCCUUUUUUUUUUUUUUCUCUGUUCAUCCCGACGGCGACCUCCCUCCAUGUAUCUCUGGAGGACCGUCUUCGUUAGGGUCUCAUGUCUCGCGACAUGCAGUCGCCGUCCCUGGACCUCCUUGAGCUGAGCGCCUCGCAAACCAAACUCUGCUGUGCCCUCUGCCUGAUGGUGUGCCCCCGCCUGAUGGUGUGCCCUCCUGAUGGUGUGCCCCAUCGUCUGUCCUGCUUUGCAAUGUUCCCACCCCGGCACAAGUCAUGGUGCUGCAUAUAACAAAGUGUGAAAUGUUUGCAAAAGUUCUAAUAGCACCUU